AUGUCGUUCCCAAUGGCGAGUCUUGAUUCCGCGACUCUUUUGUCCGAAGCGGCCUUUGGAUGCGAGCAUCUUGCGGCAUUCCUCAACAAGGACGAGAAAAUAGCCAGCCAAUUCAGGAGUGCCUUUCGCAGCAAAGACAGAUCACUGGCCCCUUAUUCCAAAACCGACACGGUUGCUGUGCAAACCACUGGCCUUCGAACUGUGGAGUCUCUGAAGCCCAAAUCCCACUGUCUGAGCUGCCCAGAAGUAUGUUUGGAUACGGAGCGACAAGCACACACCGCAGAUACGGGGCAUACAUUCUACAUCGAAUCCCGGACACGCUUUUUGCAUUGCCAAAAGUGUGGCGAUUUCAUUUAUGAUCAUGGCUUGGAGCGACUCCGUGGGCCAACUGGGAAAUCACACAUUGCCGAUGGCCGAUCGAUCUGGGCUGAGGACUCAGCUUCCGAAAUCUAUGUCAAAAACAACGCUUACAAAAACCCAUGCCUUAAGCGUGGCGCCCGUGGCGUUUGGAACAUGGGCCAGACUUGUUAUCAGGCCGUCAUUGUUCAAGCCUUGCUCCAUGAACCCAGUUUGAACGCAUUCUUCCUCGCUGGUGGCCACGAUGUUCACACCUGUCAAGAGAAGAACUGCCUGGCCUGUGGGACAGCCGAGGUCUUCAUGGAGUUUAACAGUGGCGAGAGGAACGAAGCGGUUUCUGCGGCCACACUUCUGUACAAUGGCUGGGAACUUUCAAAAGUGAGUGGUCUGAAGUUACAGGGAGGACGACUGGCUGAUUUACCUCAGGAAAUGGCUGGAUACCGCCAGCAGGAUGCCCACGAAUACUUCCAAUUCCUCGUCAACGGUCUUCACUCUUCCACGCCUGGGCACACCGAAGUCUACAACCAAAAAUGUAACUGCUUCUUCCACCAGGUCUUCUACGGUGAACUUCGCAGCAGCGUCAAGUGCCACAAAUGCGGCCAAACCACCAACACCGACGAUCCCAUGGCCGACCUAAGUCUUGACGUUCAACAGCAAUCCAAGAAACGUAAACUCGGACGCUCGACAUCUUCUACUACUGGAACUCUGUUGGGCUGCCUUGAUAGCUUCACUGCCUCCGAAGAUCUCCACGCCGAUGCUGCUUACCACUGUGAGAAGUGUGGAAAUACCCCCCAGCGAGCCUCGAAGCGGCUUCAAAUCCGAAAACUACCUGUCAUUCUCUGUAUGCAACUCAAGCGAUAUGAACACACUUUCUCGUCAUCCGAAAAGAUGGAUGGCCACAUCGACUUCCCUCUUACCCUGAACAUGCUUCCCUACACCGUUAGGAAGGACAAUUCCCCAGUGGAUAUGUCCCAAUACAUCUACGAUCUUUCGACUGUCAUUGUCCAUGAAGGAACGAUGGACACUGGCCACUAUUUCGCAUACACCCGCAUUGGCGGUGACAAGUGGGUCCUCAUGGAUGACAACAAAGUCACCGUUGCGGGCAUCGCCGACGUACUCCGCCAGGACGCCUACCUUCUGUUUUACAGCCUUCGCUCUCUUCGUAGUGAGAGCAAGACCAAAUAG